AUGGUGAAGAAGAAAAUUGAUAAUCGCAUACGUGUCAUGAUAGAGAAUGGUGUUAAACUAGGACACCGUACCAUGUUUCUACUUGUAGGAGAUAAGAGUAGAGAUCAGGUGCCUAUUUUAUAUGAUAUGCUUGUUAAAUCAAGUGUAAAGUCAAGACCAACAGUGCUUUGGUGCUAUAAAAAUAAGGAUGAGGCUAUAAGCAAUCAUGGACGAAAAAGAGCAAAGAAAAUUGCAGCAGGAAAACUAGAAGUAUCAGAAGAGUCAUUGUUUGAUGCAUUCAGGGUGGCCACAACUAUUCAUGGAAGAUAUUACUCCGAGAGUCAUGCCAUGCUUGGUCAGACGUAUGGUGUGUGUGUAUUGCAGGAUUUUGAAGCUCUUACGCCGAACUUGAUGGCCCGGACAAUAGAAACAGUAGAAGGUGGAGGGCUAAUUAUCUUUCUACUUAAAACAAUGGAUUCACUGAGGCAAUUGCAUUCUAUCACUAUGGAUGUCCACUCCAGAUUUAAAACAGAGGCAUAUGACACGGUGGUCAAUCGGUUCAAUGAGCGUUUCUUGUUAUCUCUCGCCGACAAUCCUCGUUGCCUGGUGUUGGAUGACUCUCUCACUGUAUUGCCAAUUUCAUCGAAGACAGCACAAGUGGAGCCAGUGGAUGUUGUACCAGAGCGUAUAAACCCCAAGCUAACGGAAUUGAUAACUUCUCUUUCGGAUUCACCACCUGCGGGACCAUUGGUUGCUCUCUGUCGCACCUACGACCAGGCGACAGCACUAGUUGCGCUUAUAAAUACGCUAGCAGAUAAACAGUCAAGACCUCCACACUGCCUCACGGCCGCGAGGGGGCGCGGUAAAUCCGCUUGCCUUGGCUUGGCUGUAGCGGCGGCUGUAGCUUUGGGCUACGUCAACAUAUACGUCACCUCGCCACACCCAGAGAACCUUAUCACACUAUUCGAGUUUGUGCUGAAAGGGCUAGACGCGUGCUUGUAUCAGGAACACAUUGAUUACAACAUUGUGAGGUCGACUAAUCCCGAUUUCAAGAAGGCCAUUGUCCGAGUUAAUAUUGCGAGGAACUCUCGGCAGACUGUGCAAUACAUCACCCCAGACGAUCAUUCGUUGCUUGCGGCUGCGGACCUCGUGCUAGUGGACGAGGCGGCGGCCAUUCCUAUCGCUCACGUGUCGGCCGCAGCACAGAAGGCGCCACUCGCAUUUCUCUCGUCCACGGUUUCGGGAUACGAGGGCACAGGCCGUGCUCUGUCACUCAAACUCUUCGCUCAGUUACAGACAGACCACAACGCUCCGCCUCCGAUAAAAUUGGAGGAGCCGAUUAGGUACCGCGCCGGCGACGCUAUCGAGCGCUGGCUGAACGCGCUGCUGUGCCUGGAGGCGCCGAGCCCUGCGCUGGGCGCGGGCGCGCCGCCGCCCGCCGCCUGCGAGCUGCUGCGCGUCAACCGCGACGCGCUCUUCUGCUACCACCGCGCCGCCGAGGCCUUCCUGCACCGCCUCGUCGCGAUAUACGUCGCCAGUCACUACAAGGUACCUCAUUGUACUACGUCUGCGAGCUGCUGCGCGUCAACCGCGACGCGCUCUUCUGCUACCACCGCGCCGCCGAGGCCUUCCUGCACCGCCUCGUCGCGAUAUACGUCGCCAGUCACUACAAGGUGCCUCAUUGUACUACGUCUGCGAGCUGCUGCGCGUCAACCGCGACGCGCUCUUCUGCUACCACCGCGCCGCCGAGGCCUUCCUGCACCGCCUCGUCGCGAUAUACGUCGCCAGUCACUACAAGGUACCUCAUUGUACUACGUCUGCGAGCUGCUGCGCGUCAACCGCGACGCGCUCUUCUGCUACCACCGCGCCGCCGAGGCCUUCCUGCACCGCCUCGUCGCGAUAUACGUCGCCAGUCACUACAAGGUGCCUCAUUGUACUACGUCUGCGAGCUGCUGCGCGUCAACCGCGACGCGCUCUUCUGCUACCACCGCGCCGCCGAGGCCUUCCUGCACCGCCUCGUCGCGAUAUACGUCGCCAGUCACUACAAGGUGCCUCAUUGUACUACGUCUGCGAGCUGCUGCGCGUCAACCGCGACGCGCUCUUCUGCUACCACCGCGCCGCCGAGGCCUUCCUGCACCGCCUCGUCGCGAUAUACGUCGCCAGUCACUACAAGGUGCCUCAUUGUACUACGUCUGCGAGCUGCUGCGCGUCAACCGCGACGCGCUCUUCUGCUACCACCGCGCCGCCGAGGCCUUCCUGCACCGCCUCGUCGCGAUAUACGUCGCCAGUCACUACAAGGUGCCUCAUUGUACUACGUCUGCGAGCUGCUGCGCGUCAACCGCGACGCGCUCUUCUGCUACCACCGCGCCGCCGAGGCCUUCCUGCACCGCCUCGUCGCGAUAUACGUCGCCAGUCACUACAAGGUGCCUCAUUGUACUACGUCUGCGAGCUGCUGCGCGUCAACCGCGACGCGCUCUUCUGCUACCACCGCGCCGCCGAGGCCUUCCUGCACCGCCUCGUCGCGAUAUACGUCGCCAGUCACUACAAGGUGCCUCAUUGUACUACGUCUGCGAGCUGCUGCGCGUCAACCGCGACGCGCUCUUCUGCUACCACCGCGCCGCCGAGGCCUUCCUGCACCGCCUCGUCGCGAUAUACGUCGCCAGUCACUACAAGGUGCCUCAUUGUACUACGUCUGCGAGCUGCUGCGCGUCAACCGCGACGCGCUCUUCUGCUACCACCGCGCCGCCGAGGCCUUCCUGCACCGCCUCGUCGCGAUAUACGUCGCCAGUCACUACAAGGUGCCUCAUUGUACUACGUCUGCGAGCUGCUGCGCGUCAACCGCGACGCGCUCUUCUGCUACCACCGCGCCGCCGAGGCCUUCCUGCACCGCCUCGUCGCGAUAUACGUCGCCAGUCACUACAAGGUGCCUCAUUGUACUACGUCUGCGAGCUGCUGCGCGUCAACCGCGACGCGCUCUUCUGCUACCACCGCGCCGCCGAGGCCUUCCUGCACCGCCUCGUCGCGAUAUACGUCGCCAGUCACUACAAGGUGCCUCAUUGUACUACGUCUGCGAGCUGCUGCGCGUCAACCGCGACGCGCUCUUCUGCUACCACCGCGCCGCCGAGGCCUUCCUGCACCGCCUCGUCGCGAUAUACGUCGCCAGUCACUACAAGGUGCCUCAUUGUACUACGUCUGCGAGCUGCUGCGCGUCAACCGCGACGCGCUCUUCUGCUACCACCGCGCCGCCGAGGCCUUCCUGCACCGCCUCGUCGCGAUAUACGUCGCCAGUCACUACAAGGUGCCUCAUUGUACUACGUCUGCGAGCUGCUGCGCGUCAACCGCGACGCGCUCUUCUGCUACCACCGCGCCGCCGAGGCCUUCCUGCACCGCCUCGUCGCGAUAUACGUCGCCAGUCACUACAAGGUGCCUCAUUGUACUACGUCUGCGAGCUGCUGCGCGUCAACCGCGACGCGCUCUUCUGCUACCACCGCGCCGCCGAGGCCUUCCUGCACCGCCUCGUCGCGAUAUACGUCGCCAGUCACUACAAGGUGCCUCAUUGUACUACGUCUGCGAGCUGCUGCGCGUCAACCGCGACGCGCUCUUCUGCUACCACCGCGCCGCCGAGGCCUUCCUGCACCGCCUCGUCGCGAUAUACGUCGCCAGUCACUACAAGGUGCCUCAUUGUACUACGUCUGCGAGCUGCUGCGCGUCAACCGCGACGCGCUCUUCUGCUACCACCGCGCCGCCGAGGCCUUCCUGCACCGCCCCGUCGCGAUAUACGUCGCCAGUCACUACAAGGUGCCUCAUUGUACUACGUCUGCGAGCUGCUGCGCGUCAACCGCGACGCGCUCUUCUGCUACCACCGCGCCGCCGAGGCCUUCCUGCACCGCCUCGUCGCGAUAUACGUCGCCAGUCACUACAAGGUGCCUCAUUGUACUACGUCUGCGAGCUGCUGCGCGUCAACCGCGACGCGCUCUUCUGCUACCACCGCGCCGCCGAGGCCUUCCUGCACCGCCUCGUCGCGAUAUACGUCGCCAGUCACUACAAGGUGCCUCAUUGUACUACGUCUGCGAGCUGCUGCGCGUCAACCGCGACGCGCUCUUCUGCUACCACCGCGCCGCCGAGGCCUUCCUGCACCGCCUCGUCGCGAUAUACGUCGCCAGUCACUACAAGGUGCCUCAUUGUACUACGUCUGCGAGCUGCUGCGCGUCAACCGCGACGCGCUCUUCUGCUACCACCGCGCCGCCGAGGCCUUCCUGCACCGCCUCGUCACGAUAUACGUCGCCAGUCACUACAAGGUGCCUCAUUGUACUACGUCUGCGAGCUGCUGCGCGUCAACCGCGACGCGCUCUUCUGCUACCACCGCGCCGCCGAGGCCUUCCUGCACCGCCUCGUCGCGAUAUACGUCGCCAGUCACUACAAGGUGCCUCAUUGUACUACGUCUGCGAGCUGCUGCGCGUCAACCGCGACGCGCUCUUCUGCUACCACCGCGCCGCCGAGGCCUUCCUGCACCGCCUCGUCGCGAUAUACGUCGCCAGUCACUACAAGGUGCCUCAUUGUACUACGUCUGCGAGCUGCUGCGCGUCAACCGCGACGCGCUCUUCUGCUACCACCGCGCCGCCGAGGCCUUCCUGCACCGCCUCGUCGCGAUAUACGUCGCCAGUCACUACAAGGUGCCUCAUUGUACUACGUCUGCGAGCUGCUGCGCGUCAACCGCGACGCGCUCUUCUGCUACCACCGCGCCGCCGAGGCCUUCCUGCACCGCCUCGUCGCGAUAUACGUCGCCAGUCACUACAAGGUGCCUCAUUGUACUACGUCUGCGAGCUGCUGCGCGUCAACCGCGACGCGCUCUUCUGCUACCACCGCGCCGCCGAGGCCUUCCUGCACCGCCUCGUCGCGAUAUACGUCGCCAGUCACUACAAGGUGCCUCAUUGUACUACGUCUGCGAGCUGCUGCGCGUCAACCGCGACGCGCUCUUCUGCUACCACCGCGCCGCCGAGGCCUUCCUGCACCGCCCCGUCGCGAUAUACGUCGCCAGUCACUACAAGGUGCCUCAUUGUACUACGUCUGCGAGCUGCUGCGCGUCAACCGCGACGCGCUCUUCUGCUACCACCGCGCCGCCGAGGCCUUCCUGCACCGCCUCGUCGCGAUAUACGUCGCCAGUCACUACAAGGUGCCUCAUUGUACUACGUCUGCGAGCUGCUGCGCGUCAACCGCGACGCGCUCUUCUGCUACCACCGCGCCGCCGAGGCCUUCCUGCACCGCCUCGUCGCGAUAUACGUCGCCAGUCACUACAAGGUGCCUCAUUGUACUACGUCUGCGAGCUGCUGCGCGUCAACCGCGACGCGCUCUUCUGCUACCACCGCGCCGCCGAGGCCUUCCUGCACCGCCUCGUCGCGAUAUACGUCGCCAGUCACUACAAGGUGCCUCAUUGUACUACGUCUGCGAGCUGCUGCGCGUCAACCGCGACGCGCUCUUCUGCUACCACCGCGCCGCCGAGGCCUUCCUGCACCGCCUCGUCGCGAUAUACGUCGCCAGUCACUACAAGGUGCCUCAUUGUACUACGUCUGCGAGCUGCUGCGCGUCAACCGCGACGCGCUCUUCUGCUACCACCGCGCCGCCGAGGCCUUCCUGCACCGCCUCGUCGCGAUAUACGUCGCCAGUCACUACAAGGUGCCUCAUUGUACUACGUCUGCGAGCUGCUGCGCGUCAACCGCGACGCGCUCUUCUGCUACCACCGCGCCGCCGAGGCCUUCCUGCACCGCCUCGUCGCGAUAUACGUCGCCAGUCACUACAAGGUGCCUCAUUGUACUACGUCUGCGAGCUGCUGCGCGUCAACCGCGACGCGCUCUUCUGCUACCACCGCGCCGCCGAGGCCUUCCUGCACCGCCUCGUCGCGAUAUACGUCGCCAGUCACUACAAGGUGCCUCAUUGUACUACGUCUGCGAGCUGCUGCGCGUCAACCGCGACGCGCUCUUCUGCUACCACCGCGCCGCCGAGGCCUUCCUGCACCGCCUCGUCGCGAUAUACGUCGCCAGUCACUACAAGGUGCCUCAUUGUACUACGUCUGCGAGCUGCUGCGCGUCAACCGCGACGCGCUCUUCUGCUACCACCGCGCCGCCGAGGCCUUCCUGCACCGCCUCGUCGCGAUAUACGUCGCCAGUCACUACAAGGUGCCUCAUUGUACUACGUCUGCGAGCUGCUGCGCGUCAACCGCGACGCGCUCUUCUGCUACCACCGCGCCGCCGAGGCCUUCCUGCACCGCCUCGUCGCGAUAUACGUCGCCAGUCACUACAAGGUGCCUCAUUGUACUACGUCUGCGAGCUGCUGCGCGUCAACCGCGACGCGCUCUUCUGCUACCACCGCGCCGCCGAGGCCUUCCUGCACCGCCUCGUCGCGAUAUACGUCGCCAGUCACUACAAGGUGCCUCAUUGUACUACGUCUGCGAGCUGCUGCGCGUCAACCGCGACGCGCUCUUCUGCUACCACCGCGCCGCCGAGGCCUUCCUGCACCGCCUCGUCGCGAUAUACGUCGCCAGUCACUACAAGGUGCCUCAUUGUACUACGUCUGCGAGCUGCUGCGCGUCAACCGCGACGCGCUCUUCUGCUACCACCGCGCCGCCGAGGCCUUCCUGCACCGCCCCGUCGCGAUAUACGUCGCCAGUCACUACAAGGUGCCUCAUUGUACUACGUCUGCGAGCUGCUGCGCGUCAACCGCGACGCGCUCUUCUGCUACCACCGCGCCGCCGAGGCCUUCCUGCACCGCCUCGUCGCGAUAUACGUCGCCAGUCACUACAAGAACAGUCCAAAUGAUAUUCAGCUUUUGGCAGACGCGCCGGCGCAUUGCCUGUUUGUCCUUUUGGCUCCAACUCCGCCCAAGUCCACUUCAAUGCCUGAAGUGCUGUGCGUCAUACAAAUGUGCCUCGAGGGAAAUAUUUCUGAUAAGACGGUUCGAGAUAGCCUGGGCCGUGGACGGAAAGCGGCCGGUGAUCUAAUUCCUUGGAAUAUUUGCGAACAGUACGGUGACAAGGAUUUUCCUAAAUUGUCCGGAGCGAGGAUAGUGAGGAUAGCCACGCAUCCGUCUUAUCAACGGAUGGGAUAUGGGAAGAGGGCACUUCAGCAGCUAGCUGCGUACUACUCUGGCGAUAUUCCGUGUCUGGACGAAGACGCGUCGGACGACGAGGAGCAGGCAAACGGACAAGCAGACACGUUGCAAACUGAGACCAUUGUGCCAAGGACGAAGCCACCAACUUUGUUGAAAAGAUUGACAGAAGUCAGGGCUGAACACCUGGACUACUUAGGCACAAGUUUUGGUCUAACGGAGGAGUUGCUUAAAUUUUGGAAAUCACAGAAAUAUGUGCCGGUUUACUUAAGUCAAAAGGCGAACGAGCUAACUGGCGAGCAUUCGUGUAUAAUGCUACGGUCGCUUUCGGAAAGUGCGUGGCUCGCGGCGUAUAGUGCAGAUUUCAGAAAACGUCUGUCGAGAUUGUUAUCACGAAGUCUAAGACGAUUGCCUGCUUUGCUCGCCCUCAGUACUCUUCUUAAUGAUAACAUUAAGAUCGAUAAGCCUGUAUUGACAAAGCAGCUGAUUUCGGAACAAGUGUCAAGUCACGAUCUAGGACGUUUGGAAGCGUACUGCCGCCAACAGGCUGACUACCGACUCAUCACUGACCUCAUCACCCCGCUGGCUCACCUGCUAUUCCACACUCGAGUUCCGGUCAAACUCGAUGCCGUGCAACAGGUGAUAUUCGUGGCGAUGGGCUUCCAAAUGAAAGAUGUCGACGACGUAGCCGCUGAAUUAGGCCUCCCCGGUUCACAAAUCCUCGCUAAAUUCUACGAAGCAUGUAAGAAAAUAAACAAUGCUGUCAACUCCGUUCUAGAAGAUACUGUAGCCAAAGAGAUCGGAAUAGAAGAUAAAACCGCUGACGUGAACAUGGACGGCCCGGUGAAGCAGAGUCUAAAUGCAGAGUUGUCCAAAGCUGCGAAGGAGUUGGAGCGCAAGCAACGCAAAGAGCUGUCCCGACUGAUGGGUGAAGAUCUGACGCAGUACCGCAUCAAAGGCAGCGACCUAGACUGGAAUCAAGCGUUAACCACCUCAAAGCAGAAGAACAUUGUUUCAGUUAAAAGUGGUGAGAAACGCUUGGGCGACGACAGCAAAGAAAUUGACGACUUAAUAGAAUCCCACUCCAACAAGAAGAAGAAAAAGAAGAAACACGUUAGAAACUGA